ACCGUGACAUCGCUGAUGGGCGGACACAAUACCUCCAUCAUCACCACAAACACCUCAGCCAGCCCCAGCAGUAUCACAACGAACGCUGCCUCACUGCUUGCGGACGGAGGGUUACUGUCGGUGACUGCCGCAACCGUUGCGGCAGCCAUCGAUGCGGUUAGCAAGGACAUGAAAUCGACGGCUGGUGGUACGGACACGGCAUCGGAAGAAUGUGAAACGCUUGACAAAAUUGCCGCCAUGGUAUCAUCAGUGACGGCCGGCGGUAUAAGUUCACCGGAGGCCGGCUUAGGCUUGAGCAUGCCGUUCAGCUCCACGAACGGUGGGACCAUCACGACUAUGGCUGAAAGAAAGUGUAGCAGUAACGGCCCGGUCAGUAGCCACAAGUCGCCGCCCUCGGCGACUGAAGGGAAAGUAAAAUGCAACGAUAAUGCAAGGGUGAACGCUUCCGAUAGUAGCUAUGAAGAGGUUGAGAACAAAUUGGAAGAAAUGUUUGCAGGCAUCGUCGAGGAGAAGAUUGGCGAACCGCCAUUAAAACAACCGAUUGAACCAAGUAUUUCACUCCACAAUAACAACGGCAAUAACAGUAAUCCUGGUCAUAACCCAACGACCAACGUUGCUGAGCCAACGGACGUAACGGAUGGUGCGUUACUGAAGCAACUAUCAUGCGAAAACAUCCAAACAGCCGGAGUGGCCGGAGAAGAGAAUAACCGAGAGCAGAAGACGCAUUUCAGUAUAGACAACAGUGGCACCCCUUUGGGGAGUAGCGCUGUACCACCUGCUGCUGCUGCUGCUACAGGCAGUGGAAAGAAACCCCUUACACCAGCACAAAAGCGUGCCAAUGGCACAAAAGAGACGCUCGGCGAACAGUCAUUCCCCGCCACCAGUACGCCGGUGACCGCGGCCGCCAAACGGAAACGUGGUCCGAAGAAGAAGGCGAAAACGGGAGGAUCUCCCUUUUUUGAGCCCGCCGAUAAGUCCGGCUUCAUGGGCCUGAAAGCGUUAAACAUGAAGGGAAAGAAGAAUGGAAAGCCCGCGGCCGGUCCUGCGGGUGGAAAGAAGAAGGGCGGAGGAAAAGGAGGGAAGCAAAAAGGAGCGAACUCAUCGAAAGCAGCAAAUGGUCCAAACGAAAGGUUAUCGAUGGGGGAUCGAGACACUCAAGCUUCAUCGAUGGCCGGUUGGCCACCGGGGGCCAUUGCAUUGGAUGCGCUGAGCAAGCACAAAGGUCCGUACGUGCAGGUGAAAGCUAACGGCAGUCACAGUGUAGUGAACGCGUCCACCAACGAUGAAGAUGGUGAAAAACCACAGACUAAGCUGGCGAAAAAGUUGGCAACGUCACUGAACGCUUCGGAGCGUAGCAAAAUCCGGGGACUGCACGUUAGCACGCUCAGUACAAAGUACGAUGCUGAUACGACCGAUAUCAGUUGGAUGUGCGUUUUCUGUAAGAUGGGACCGCAUAAGUUUCGGCUCGGCGAUCUUUUCGGUCCGUACAUCAUCAGCACAGCAUCGGACGAGUAUCGGGCGAGCCAGGUCGAUGUGGAUUACUUUAGUGUUAAGCGAUCGCGAGACUCCUUGGAAUCGACACAAGCGAGGGAGCGGAGAAUGGCGGAGCAACAGAAACAACAGAAGCAGCAAGCGGCAAGCGGAUCGGGUAAAGGAAGAAAACGAAAAAAUGCUGCCAGCGGAGCCAACAACGCACAAGCCGCCGCAGUAGCCCCCCACUGUGCGGCGGUGUUAAAGGAGGAAAAGAAGGACGACGAUCACGGCCACUUGACUCACACCGAUGUCUUCUAUGGUAUGAUGAAGGCGAGCGACAGCACGUACGAGGUGUGGACACACGAAGACUGCCUUGUUUGGGCCCCGGGUGUGUACAUGGUCGGAACACGAGUGAUUGGCUUGGAGGCAGCGAUCUGGAACUGCUGCCGGCAUCGGUGUCAGCUCUGCUCACAGUACGGUGCCGUCAUUUGCUGCUUAAGGCAGGGUUGUACCGCCAAGGCGCACUUUAUCUGUGCGCACAAACAAAACUGGAAGCUGACGGACGAAUAUCAAGCGUUUUGUGAGGCGCACGCCAUCGACGAGCCUGGUAGCGGUCUGGUGGGCAUAGCGACGCAGCUAAAGAAGGAAAUAGGACCGGAGCAGCCGGUCGAUGGUGCUGGUACUAGCAGCAGCAGUGCCCCAAUGGAGGUGUCUUGAGUAUUAGGUUCAACCAACCCAUGUGUGUAGAUCGCAAACUGAUCGAGACUGAUCGAGUGAGAAGCGUCAACAGACAGAUAGCGAGGGAGUAUGUGUGUUUUUCGGCGGGAAAGAUUAACGAAGAUAUCACGGCCUGUGCAAAAAGGAUCGAAUGCUCCAAUCGGUUUCUAGGAGGUACGGCGUACCGCCGUCGCACACCUUUGCCACAAUCGAUGCGUGUGUACGUUGGAUGUGGUUGUAAAGCAUUACCUAGGUGUUCAUGAUUGCCAGUAUUGGGAAGCGUCUGCUUCACGGCGUACAAUGGAGAACG